AUGUUUCUCAAGAGAAAUUACACUUCCUCAUUCAUUUUCACAUUUAUUGCCAUGAUGGGUGUGAUACUAUUGAUUUCUCAUGUCUCCGAAGCUCUCAAAUGCUACAAUGGCAUUUUCAUUGGUAUUAUCAAUCAAUCCACUUUGAAUUUAACAACAAUUACCACUUCAGAAGUUAAUCAUGUCUGUUAUAGUUAUAAAGUUGCAAUGGAUGGUGUGAUGAAUGCUUUUGGUGAGAUGACUAGUACUGAAUGUUCUUCUAUUAAGGCAAAGAGUUCUCCUCACUUUGAUGUUGUUUGCUGCUCAACUGAUAUGUGUAAUAAUGGAAUUUCAGGAAACACCAGUUCUGCAUCCACUGCUACAGUUUCGUUCAUUGCAAUGAUUUUCAUUCUAAUUGGUAAUAUUUUGUAA